AUGAGCAUUAGUGAAGACGACGUGGAGAAGUUUCUUGAUGGCAACCCUGCUUUUGCCAAGCAGUACUUUGAGAAGAAACUGAAAACAGAGUCCUGCGAUGACAAUGAAAGUGAAAUUCUUUUUGAGUUGAUACAAGACAUGCAAGAAAGCAUCAACAUGGAGAAAAUUGUAUUCAAGACUUUGAGAAGAAUCAGGUCCCUUAUUCAUGCUGAUCGCUGUAGUCUUUUCAUGUACAGGCAAAGAAACGGCACACCUGAACUUGCAACAAGGCUUUUCAACAUUCAAGAGGGAAGCACGCUGGAGGAAUGCCUGGUUUCCCCUGACUGCGAGAUAGUCUACCCGCUGGACUUAGGCAUUGUGGGCUACGUUGCGCAAACCAAGAAAACCAUGAACAUCCAGGAUGUCAGUGAGUGUCCCCAGUUCAGUUCAUUUGUUGAUGAGCUCACCGACUACACUACAAAAAGCAUCCUUGCAACACCCAUCUUGAAUGGCAAAGAUCUAGUUGCUGUCAUUUUGGCUAUUAAUAAGCUGAACGGCCCAUUCUUCACCAACUCUGAUGAAACACUUUUCCUGAAGUACCUGAAUUUUGCCUCCCUAAACCUGAAAAUUUAUCACUUGAGUUAUCUUCACAACUGUGAAACUCGAAGAGGCCAGGUGCUGCUGUGGUCAGCUAACAAGGUCUUUGAGGAAUUGACAGAUAUUGAGAGGCAAUUCCACAAGGCCUUCUAUACAGUGAGAGCAUAUCUGAAUUGUGACAGGUACUCAGUAGGCCUCCUGGAUAUGACAAAGCAGAAGGAAUUUUUUGAUCUAUGGCCUGUCCUGCUGGGAGAAGUUCCCCCUUACUCAGGACCUCGCACUCCGGAUGGCAGAGAAAUAGUCUUUUACAAAGUCAUCGAUUAUAUAUUACAUGGAAAAGAAGACAUUAAAGUCAUCCCAAAUCCUACGCCGGAUCACUGGGCACUAGUUACUGGACUGCCAACAUAUGUGGCUGAAAGUGGGUUUAUUUGCAAUAUUAUGAAUGCUGCUGCAGACGAGAUGUUUAAGUUUCAGGAAGGUCCUCUAGACGAAUCAGGAUGGACUAUCAAAAAUGUUCUCUCCAUGCCAAUAGUCAACAAAAAGGAAGAAAUUGUUGGCGUUGUCACAUUUUUUAACAGAAAAGAUGGGAAACCAUUUGAUGAACAGGAUGAGACCCUGAUGGAGUCCCUGACACAGUUUUUGGGCUGGUCAGUACUCAACACAGAUACAUAUGAUAAGAUGAACAAACUGGAGAACCGGAAAGAUAUCGCCCAGGAUAUGGUGCUCUACCACGUGAAGUGUGACAAGGAUGAAAUUCAGGAAAUUCUGCCAACACGAGAAAAGCUGGGGAAGGAGCCAAGCGAGUGUGAGGAAGAGGAGCUGGCAAGUAUUCUGAAAGAGCAACUCCCAGGGCCCAGCAAGUUUGAAAUCUAUGAGUUCAGGUUCUCAGAUUUCGACUGCACUGAACUGGAGCUUGUGAAGUGUGGCAUUCAGAUGUACUAUGAGCUUGGCGUGGUGAAGAAGUUCCAGAUCCCACAGGAGGUUCUGGUGAGGUUUGUGUACUCUGUCAGUAAAGGCUACCGGAAGAUAACGUACCACAACUGGCGCCAUGGCUUCAACGUUGCACAGACCAUGUUCACACUUCUCAUGACAGGCAAACUGAAGCGCUACUACACAGACCUUGAAGCCUUUGCAAUGGUAACUGCUGCUCUGUGCCAUGAUAUAGACCACAGAGGAACCAACAACCUCUACCAGAUGAAAUCUCAAAAUCCUUUAGCUAAACUUCAUGGAUCUUCAAUUUUAGAGAGACAUCACCUGGAUUUUGGAAAGUUUUUGCUCUCUGAAGAGUCACUGAAUAUAUGCCAGAACCUCAACCGGAGACAGCACGAGCACAUGAUUCAUCUGAUGGAUAUUGCCAUUAUAGCAACAGAUCUGGCACUCUACUUCAAAAAAAGAACGAUGUUUCAGAAGAUUGUUGAUGAGUCUAAGACAUAUGACAGUACAACUGCCUGGACUGAUUACCUGUCUCUGGAGACUACAAAGAAAGAAGUUGUCAUGGCCAUGAUGAUGACUGCCUGUGAUUUGUCAGCAAUCACUAAGCCUUGGGAAGUCCAGAGUAAGGUAGCUCUCCUGGUAGCAGCAGAAUUCUGGGAGCAAGGGGACUUAGAAAUAAGCGUCCUUCAGCAGCAGCCCAUUCCCAUGAUGGACAGGAGGAAAGCUGCUGAACUCCCAAAGCUUCAAGUGGGUUUCAUCGACUUUGUGUGCACGUUUGUCUAUAAGGAAUUUUCACGUUUCCAUGAGGAAAUUCAGCCCAUGCUCGAUGGGCUGCUGAACAACAGGAACGAGUGGAAGACCCGUGCUGAUGAAUAUGAUGCAAAGAUGAAAGCUCUGGAGGAAGAGAAGAAGAAGGAGGAAGAGAAAAUGGCUGCACAGAAAGAUGGAAUAACCUGCAACGGAGGAACAGCUCCAACUUCAAAAACCUGUAGUAUACUUUAGAUCUAUUUCCAAGGCAAUACAUCCACCCAAAAUGAGAAUGCCCAUGUUUAGAAACAAACAACAACAACAAAAAGUCCUGGCUUAAAAUAUAUAUUCCUGCUUGGACAAUUUUAAUUAGGCUUAUGACCAACCAAGGAAGGGCUAGAUCUCGUUUGCCUUAAUUGCAUCUCUUCUUGAUGCUAAGGGACCCAUCCUGUCCUGACUCUCACUGCAUUUAACAUA